ACAUGCUCCAGUAUUGCUUUGACCGUGUACUAGCUCCGUACGAGCUCCGUACGACCCAAGCGAACAAAAGACGAUUUGGGCAGAACAAUACCAAGUAGCGAAGGUAGUAAAAGACUUGAUAUGCUCUGAUGGAUAUGCACAAAGUUUGUGUGCUCUUCCUUCUCACACUGUGUAUACGUGUUUGUGUGCGUGAACGUUUGUACUGUAAGUCUCAUUUUCAACAUGGCGGUUAUGUCAGGCCGAUUGCUAAAACUCAGAAACAGAUUCGUGUAAGACAUUACUGCAAGGCACCUACAAUAUACUAUUUAAACUCUUGUGCUACCUUUAAUAUACCCAUCAUUUGUUGUGGUGAUGUCGAGCCUAACCCAGGCCCAACAGUCCCCUUAUUGACUAAAACAGUGGUAAACAAACGCUAUCAAUACAGUCGUGAAGAGUGUUUGAAUAUUCGUUUUAACCCAUCAAAUGCUUGUUCGCUACUUUCGAAACCAACAUGGCAAACAAUUUCAGAGCUCUAAAUCAGGAAACAUCCCCCACUCAUCGUGGUUGCAGAGCUGGAGUGCGGAAGCUAAAACAUUUUCAGCACCCCAUCCCCAAAUCACCAUAUCGGAUCCGGGCCUACAACCGGUCGACCAAAACUCGUCUCCCGAGAUGCUUGACACCAGUCCAGAGAGAAUCUAUUAAUGCUAAGCCGAAACAAAGUAACCUGCCUACUUUCUUCAUGUGCAACGCGCGCUCAGCUUGCAAUAAAUUUGACGAACUAUCUGCCGUCUUCUCCUUCCAUUACACUGAUGUUGCAGCCAUAACCGAGACAUGGUUCAGGAACGACUGUUCUCCUGAACAAUUCUCCAUCCAAGGUUACUGUCUCUUCUCAAAGUCGCGAACCAGCCGCAUCGGUGGAGGUGUAGCCAUCUACGUGAAAGAAGCCCUCAAUCCUUCGCCCGUUGCUGUCCAGGUUCCAGACAACCUCGAGGUUACCUGGGUCAAACACCGCCCCCUCGACUGCCGAGAUCCAUCUCUUGUAUCUUCUGUGCGGUCGUGUAUUAUCCACAGCCUGAUGUUCAUCUUGAAGCACAGCUAACGGAUCACCUGAUAGCGACCAUUGAUGACCUCACAACAAAUCACCCAGAUGCAGGCUAACCGACGUGAUAGCGGUAUGACCACGAUCGAAGAGUACCACUAUCUGGAUGCUUUGACCGAGUUUAUACGUCGAUGUGACCAGGAGGAGGUGAUGCUAGCUUGGAUCAAGAAUAGAUGUCUCAACAUCCUCAAUGUGCUUCCCAUCGAAAAGAGCUCACCACUCAACCCCGUCAGGGUGGUCGGUGUGGGCUGCGGUAACGGUAUAAUGGAUGUACAAAUUCUACGCGAGCUGAGUUCGUUGAGUGCCUUUACGCAACAGAUCGCUGUUGAGCCGAAUGAUUCCGAACUUCUCCGAUUUAAAGCGAGGAUAGAAGAAGACGAAAGACUGAAAUCGUUCACAUUUGACUGGAUACAUGCAACUACAGAAGGUUUUGAGGCAACCAUGAACCAACUUAUCGCGGAGGGCGCAUUCCCUAAAGUUCAUUUCGUCCACAUGUUGCAGAUGCUGUACCACGCGAGAGACGUGGACUCGACCAUCAGCAACUACUACAGGGCACUGCUUGAUGGAGGGGUGAUGCUCAUUACGAUAGCUUCAAAAAAGAACAACGACCUAUUCAAGUCCUUCCUCGAUCUGGAACCAAAGCGGAACAAGCAAACCCCGAAGAAUAAAAAGCGCUACGGCGACGACGUCACGCGUGUCCUGCGACGUCUGGGACUCAAGUACGACAUCGAGAACGUCAUCUACCACCUAGAUAUCACCGAGUGCUUCAAGGAAGAUUCAAAAAGUGGAAAACUUCUCCUGGACUUCAUCUGCCUCACCAACGCUGCCCAGGUGUACCAGACCUUAACGACCUCAGACAGGGACCGACUUAUGAAGCGGCUGCUGGACCACUGCGAGCAGCACCCUGACGGCAGGGUCACCGUCCGGCUAAGCUUCGAUGCCAUAGUGGUAACGAAAAGCAGUGAGCAAACGUUGCUCACUCCGUCUUCAGCCGAUAGCAGCGCAGUAGAAAACAAAAUGGAUGCCCAAUGAAGUUUCCGAACCUCUACUAGGAGUCACCAUUUUCGGAUCUGACCGAUAUGAAUAUUUAAUCGAGUAAUAUUAUAAUAGUCUCUACCAGUAUACAGAUAUCAUGGUAAUCAUUAUCAUCCUUAUUAUUGAUGAUCUUGAUUGAGACGGAAUUUUUCCUUUGUAUGUAGUAACUUAUUUUGGAAGUAAAAUGUUCGUUGGAACGAGAUAGCAAUAUUGCUUGUAUUAGAACACGGUGUAGUAAGGAACAACAUUCAAUGAAGUAUACGAGCCUGAAAUGUAUCUAAGAACUUCAUUCUAAUAGUCACACGCUUGAAGUCGAAGUAAACUUAAACGUACAUCGAUUAAGAUAUCAACUAAACAUGCGAAGCAUCAAUCCACGCAUACGCUGUUGAUUCGUACAUGUGUAUCCAUCAAAACUCAAGAGCAGCUGUUGAAUAAAUUAUGUUCUUUGUUAAAAAAGAGGCUGUAAUGUAUUCAAUAUUUUCCCUACUUCGUCAUUAUAUAAUGUCAAUGUAAUGUUAACGUUUAUGCUUAGUGUCAGCUAUGACAUUGCAAAGAAGACGAUCACAAUGACUUUCGGAAUAUUCAUUUAAGGUCAUUUCAGUAUCCUUGCCCAUCACUUUAUGGAAUGUAAGAACAACAUGAGGUAUUACGUAAUCCGAAAAUGAUUCAUGUGGGAUAUAGGCGUACAUUAGGAUAUUGAAACUGCCUUUGUUUAAUUUUUCGAAAGUCUUUGCGUUCGGGUUAAAGUAGCGUCCCCUGUUUUGAACUACUUUACAUUAUGCACUGUCAGUUUAUCGUACACAAUGUUAUGGAACAAAAGACUCUUCAAGAAGAGGGGUUUGCAGCUUAUAGGCUAUGUAUCAUACUGUAGCUAUUAAUCCUAAUCAGAACAAAAAUCACUUUGCAGUUCUUUGUAAUUUUCUACGAACUGAAAUAUCCAUAUCAAAGAUAAUUAUACAUCUACCAAAAACAAAACAAAAUGGGUAUUUGUUUCCUUGUCACGUACUGAAGUUAUAUUGGCCUGCAAGUAAGAUGGAGGGGGGAAAAGGAUUAAUUUCAAAUAUUCCUUGUUUGUUCAAUUCUAUUUAGUCUUACAUUAAGGAAAUUAAGAUAGAAAAAUAUCCCUGUUUGUUUGUUGUACUGUAUUUCGUUUUAACGAAGUUAGAUAUUGUUGUGUAUUGACUUUAGGUUUAAUAGUAUUCAGUUUCAUUUUUAAAAUAUAUGUAUUCAUUUAUGGUGCUGAUAUUUGGGCUUUUAUUCAAUCUAGGCGCUUCACUUUCUUAUUUUUACAUUAAGUUAACAUUUAAGGCUUUUAGAAAACAUGUCGGGAUGUUUGUCACGGUUAUCCGUGAUGGUUAGCCCGUGUUAGGGGAAAGAUUGAUAACGUAUGUGAUUGUUUUUGAAAUUUUAGAUAUAGUAUUUAGUUUCGUUGUCGGUUAUUUACAGGGUCAAAGUAUGAGACUGCACCGUUAGGUGAGACAUUUUAUUCAUUUUACAUAACUUCAUAGGUAGAAGGGUCGUGGUCUGUUGGAUUAUGUAACCGGGCUGUGAAUCACAUGGUUCGCGGUUCGCUCAAGUGGCGUCACUUUGCCACUCUCCACCCGGGUGUAGUAUAUGGGUACCUGUAGGAGGUUAUCCCCUAAAUGCUUUUAGCGCCAUAUUGCAGCUGGGCUAAAGCCAUGGUAAAGGUAGUACUUGUAGUACAUUUAGGCUCCUUGAGCAUCCCCUAAGAUGGAAGUGUGCGUGAUAUAGUAUAUGUAGCUAGUAUUAUGACACGGUUAAGACGGGAAAAUGCCUAUAAUCUAACUACGUGGAUUAUUUAUUUGAAAAUGCUCAUGUAUAGUACGCUGUUUCAGACCGACAUUGACAUUGCAGAGGCUAUGAGGUCAAAGAGUAAAUCCACUCUGAUUAUCAAAGUGAAAUCGUGAGGAAAAAAAGAAAGUUAUCAACGUUUUCGAAAAUAAGAUCCUCCUUUUUCGUGUUUUGGCAAUACGACAAAUACAAAUCUUCUUGACUAUUGAUGAUUUGAAGGGGGCAUAUUAGACGCGUUUAAAAUCAUACAUUAAAGGAACACGUAACAUAAAUUAAAAAACAUAAAUUGUUAAAUGGUGUGUACAGACACAUGAAAAAUAACUCAUGACUUUUGUUGUGGUUCAGUUUGUGUAGUAAUCUUCACGACUGCGACAGUCUAUAACUUUCUUUACGUUUAUUUAUAAUUCUUGUUUAAAAACUGGAACCCGAUUUUCUAUUUCUCUGCGUUUUUUUCAAGUAAAUGUAAUGUCAGGGUCAACUCACCAUUUAAUGGAUGAAAUCAUUUUUAUUUCAUCGUCCAACUAAUAUGGCGGAACUUCUGAUGAGAAAAUCCCGUAGCGCACGAUUGCGAUAUCAUGUCCGCCAAUAUUGACGCUUUGUUUGUUAUAUUCAUUUUACAAGCACCGUUUGUGUGAUUUCACUCUAUCACCGUUCGUCACGGACCGCACCAGCCUCUGACGCCGUCCAGUACAUCGGGCAAAUGACGAUUCGUGUGCAAGAGGCAUUAUGAUACUCUAUUGUAGAUGAAGUGUGAACGGGCCCUGUUUUAAACAUGUUAAUUAUUAUAUAUUCAAAUGACAUAUAAUAUAUUCAGUAAAACCUAGGCAAGUGGAUUUGUGCAUGUAUCCUUCUGUAUUGUAGAGCAUGAAUCCAUCUUAAAGUAUUUUAUUCUGUCAAAUCUGACGCUUUCACAUUUUAAGCGCACAAUUAUGAUGUAAUCAUGUGAUGUUAUUCAUAAACAGGAAACAGAUAUAAUAUUAUACUGCCAUCUUUGACAACAUCGCAAAGACUUUCGAGAAAUCAUCCCAAAAAGCAAUUUUAAUACCCUGUGGUAUUGCCUAUCACAAUCAAGUUCGCAUCAUGUAACAUGGCAUUUUAGCGUUCGUAUAUUUCAAAAGGUGACGCUUAAGGAUCUGGAAGUUACCUAAAUAUUGAUUUGUUUAAGUCUUUUCAAUCUUCUUCACAAUAUAAUUAUAUCGACGAAUGGUAAAGCUCAGAAAGAGGAGUGUAGAAUCAUGAUUACAGCACAACAUGAUUUCUGAAAUUGUCGUCUUUUAUCAUAUGCAAUUGCUAUAUCAUAUGGACGAUUGGAAUAUAUUCAUAUGCAACAAGGUUGCUAUCUUUUAGAAUGAUAUUUAAGACCACUAGAGUCAACACCUAAUGUCAAUAACUCCGUUUGGCUCACAGAAUUUCCUGGAUUUCCUGGAUCUACCCCUGGAGGAUGUUUUAAAAUUGUAAUAGUCUGCAGACGCCAUAGUUUUAAGCCUUUCCUUUGUCUAUAGAUGAUUGAAAGUAGUUAGUGUUUAGUGAGAUUGUGCAGAUAUAGAUAGUUGGAGUAUAAUAGAACGUAUACAUGCAAUAUUAUAUUGGUUGUGGAAUUUUAUAGAGCAUUUUAUUGAACAUUUUAUCGAAUAAACAAUUCUAUGUAUGUGAUUA